UAACAUAUUGCAAAUGUAACUCGCAUAUAUAGUUUUUUUUAUGUUAUUUUUGUAAGAACAAAAAAAUAAUUUAGUGAUUAUUUCAUAAAAUUUUUAUCGUUUCAUUUGUUUGAAAUUAACAAUAGAAAGGCAUCCAAAUCGAUCAUUUAACAAUGGACGUUGGGGAACGGAUUUGGGAUGAAUUAUCCAUACAGCCAGAAAGUGAAAGUUCAUCGAAACUGAGUAUAUCAGAUAUGCUAACCAACGUGGCCACAGAUGCAAACGAAGGAAACAGAAAACAAUGCGGUCAAGUGGUUCUAGACGUUUUGAAAGAGCAUCCAGUCAACGAUGUAUUGGAGAACAUUCAUCAAAUCGCAUCAACAUUGUCAAUGGCAUCAGAGGAUACAGAUUCCUCGGUGCGGGCAGCGCUAGUUCAAGUUAUACCUGAUAUAUUUGCCAGAUGUAUCGAAUUAGGUAACCCGGAAUUGGAAUAUUUCCUUUUCGAUCGUAUGCUCGAAAUAGUGCUGCGAUUCUUGAAGAAUGAAGAGAACAUGGUUAGAGAAACAUCCUUUGCCUCCAUCAAAGUUCUCUUAUUGAAGAAAUACUUGAGCGCAUCACGGAUCGAAGAGUUUGUGUGUCCGACAAGUGUUCAAUUACUUAAUCUGGAAGGUUUGCCGGAGGAUGUAGUCAGAGAGCGGCAUCCAGAUGCAUUUGUGAUAAUGGCCCUGCUUGCACCAAUUAUUGGCGCCGACAAAACUCGUGAAUAUUUUUUAGAUAAGUUUUUAGAGUUAUGCACAAACGAAAACUACGAUGUUCGAAAAAUGUGUGCCGUAUUCUGUCCACACCUGUGUAAAGUGAUGGGAAUCGAAGUAUCGGAAAAACAUUUGAUCCCAGCAUUUUUAAGGCUAUGCGAAGACAAGGUGUGGGAUGUACGCAAAGCAGCGGCCGAUUCAAUUCGUAUAAUUGCAUUGCUGUGUUCGCAUCCAUUUCGACGGGACAAAUUGUGUCCAGCCUUCUACAAAUUAAUGAACGAUUCAUGCAGAUGGGUGUAUCGUGCAGCAUCGGAAAGUUUGGGACUGUUCAUCUCUUCAUUUGCGAAAAAGUGUAUUUUAGGCGUCGCAUAUCGCCCAAACGGCGAUCUCUAUAUACCAAAUCCUGCAGAUGCAGACUAUAAACAACAUUCCCAAACUGAAAUCCUAAGUAACUUUGAGUCAUACGAAAGUUGGUUUGAGAAAUCGGCAACAGCGCCAGAAUAUCCAAAGAAUUUUAUGCAACAACAAAAACAAUUCAAUAAUAAAAUUGAUUUCGAUGCUAUUGUGAAAGUGUCACGUGAAUCAUCGAAUGAGAAUCCACAUUUCUCUUUGCCGGAAACAUUUCACAAUGCACUUUCGUUUCGAAGUUACGAUAAUCAUGGUUUUUCAUUGUCAAUCACAAAUCUAUUAGACACGUUUAUCAUUCAAAGCGAACAUAAUAAUGGUCACAGCCAUCAGCGCAUUCCACGCUCAAGCGGUCACAAUUUUGAUUUGACCAGCCCAAUAAUGGAACCGAUCAAUGAAUACCAUCAUUUGCGCAAGAAUACACCGCGCGAUUUUCCAAUGAUCGUACGAAAGGCAAUGGAAAAACAAGAGGAAGAAAAUACACGAAAAUUUACCAUCAAAGCAAAAAUACCACGUCAAAAUGCUGCACCACAUGUGAAAAUGUUGCAAGAAGAACGAGGCACAAAUAGUUUUCAAUCGUUACCGCCACCACCACCAGCGAUCACCAAUUCAGAGCCCGAUACACCAAGCAUAGAAAAUGCACCCUCAUCGAUAGACUUUUCAUCGGCUGUUAACUCAAAUCUUAGCAAUAGUUUACACAGUAAUGAAACCGAUAAUGAAAACAAUAAGGUCAACAAUACGUCGGAUAUAAAUUUAAAUUUUAAAAGCACAGCUAAUGAAGAUGGCGCAUACGAUGGAUUCACUUACAACAAACGCGAAUUACGUGUAUCACGAUUCAGUGAAUCAAGCGGUUUCAGCAGUAUUCCAGACGAUGACGAUGCGACCGGCAACGAUUUUGAUAUUUUAAAAAAUACCGAAACAUUCAUGAAUCGUAUCAAUACAAUGCAAUUGGACGAUUACGAUGAUACCGAUGAUGAUGAACAUAAUUUUAAUAACAGCAAAGAAUACGAGGAUCUUGAUCAAUCAUUUGUAAACAUGGGACUGGAAGACGAUGAUUCCGAUAUCAAUUCGAAUUUAAAUAAUUCAUUGGGACCAACCAAAACCACUGAGGACGACGAUGAUGAAGAGGUCUUUAGAGAGUUCAAUUCACAUCAAUACUGGUACAUUAGCCCCGAUAUACCAGUCGAUAUGGAUAUCCUUUUAGAGCCCGAAGAAAAAAAAAUGAGAAUACAACUGGAAGAAGAGUUGGAGCUCAGACGAUUCGAUCGUGUAAAAUUGAUAAAUUAUCAGCCAAAAAUCGUGCCAGCCGAACUAAUCAAAUAUUUCGUGUCAUUAGCUCACUCUCAGGAUAGUCCCGUUGUAAAUUAUUAUUGCGCAUAUCAUUUUCCAGCUGUUGUAUUAACACUAGGACGAAAAAAUUGGCCCGUCAUGUGCAGCCUAUUGCAAUUGUUAUGUAACCAUGGCAUUGAUGACAUUCGAAAAACAAUGGCAUCGUCCAUUUACCAAAUUGCAUUGAUCAUUGGCCGAAAAUUAGCUACACAAGAUUUAGUACCAGUAUAUUUACGAUUUUUUGAAGAUCAAGACAAGGUUAAAGUGGUUGCAUUGAAGAAUUUAUCGAAUUUUUUGACCGUGAUUGAUCGGCCACGAUACGAUAUAAUUGUGGCCGCACUAUCAAACUGCCUAGGUGAAUAUUAUGAGGCCGGAUGGCGAUUCCGUGAAGAGUUCGCUCAACAAAUUUUAAUUUUGGUGAAAUCAUUUGGCGAUUUGGCAUGGUCAACGCAUAAGCUCAACUUAAUUGGCAUCACCAUCAAAUUGCUACGUGAUCGUGUUAAUAGUAUUCGUAAAAUUGCUUUAGAAACGAUGGUUGAAAUUUGCAAAAAAUUAAGCGCUGAUGAAUGCGAUGUGAUUUGCACAUUUUUAUCAAAGCAUUUUGGAUCAAAUUCAAACUGGCGUCAUCGGCAAAUAUUCAGUGAAUUUUGUCAUCAAUGGAUGGCACAAGAGACGCCCCUAUAUCCGGACGUUUUUAACGAUCGUUUGUUUAAUAUUGCUUGUCAAUUGGUGAAAGAUCCCGUACCAAAUAUUCGAAUGACCAUUGCCAGGUGCUUUGCGUUGGUGUUAUCGAAACAGUACAUUGACACCCAACGAUACAAAGUAACCGUCAUAAUAUUGCGUAAAAUGCAAACUGAUAGCGAUCCGGAUGUGAGUGACGUUGCAUUAUCUUGUGAUUUACCGUCAAACGAGGACGAUAACAAUGACACGACGCGCAAUUUAAGCGAAUCAUCGACCAGCAAUACAAACAUUUCAUCGCUAUCAACUGCAUCAACGGUUGAUAUGAAUUGUACGGAUGGUGGUACGAGUUUUAAUCGUGAAGGUGAUGACAGCGAAGUAUCUCAAGAUAGCAUAAGCUUGUAUUUGGAUACAGACGAAAAGAACACAAGUAGUGAAGAUUCUUUACCUAGUGAAUUGCUUUCAUCACAAUUAACAUAAACGAAGCAAAUUUGAAAUAUAUAAAUAAAAAAACAACAGAAAAAAAUAUUUUUUUAGCAUAUUGUUUUCUUUUAAUC